AUGGUAGGCGUCCUACUGCGUACCCAGCUGCGGUGGUGGACAUGGCUACGUAACGUGCCGGGGCCUCCACGCACGUCCUGGUGCCUGGGCAAUUUACCGGCCUUCCUUCGGCACAAUGCCAUGCCCGUUUGCCGUGCAUGGGCCACCAAGUACGGCGGCGCAGUCCGGUAUUGGGCCAUGUUUGGCGAGCCACGCCUGAUGCUGACAGAUCCGUUGGCAUUGGAUCACGUCCUGCGGAAACAGGCGUACGCAUAUCCCAAGCUGCGGCUCGCCCAGCGCCUUAUUGGCGGCGUGAUGGGCGAAGGCUUGCUCGUGGCAGAGCAGGCUGUCCACAAACGCCAACGGCGGGCGUUGCAGCCUGGGCUGAAUGCACGUGCUGUGCGCCGUCUACACCCCAUGUUCACGCACCAUGCCGAAGCGCUGGCGCAACACAUACAUACCAUCGCACAGUCCCAUGGCACAUUGGUAGACAUAUACGCGCUCCUUAGCGCCGCUACGCUGGACGCCCUCGGCGAAGGCGCAUUGGGUGUGCAUUUCCGCGCCCUCCAACAUGUUCAAACAGACCCACAUGGCAACGCGUCGUCGGCCCAUCCUCUCACGGCAGCGCUCGACCGGACCUUGCGUAUGGCCUCACGGCCUGGGCGAUGGACCAUGGUACUAGACACGGCCACCUUGUACUUCCCAUGGAUGGAGAAAAUCCCCAUCGGGCUGGCCUCACGACGCUUCCGACGUGAGGCACAAGUGCUGUUUGACAUCGCCGGGGACAUCGUGCAGCAGGCGAAAACUCGGAUCCAAGACGAAGACGCCAACGAAACGCAUCCUGAUAUCCUUGCUACGCUAUUGCGCGCCAACCAAAAUGCUCAUAAAGCACCUGCCUCCAAAGAUGCAGGGCCACGCAGUGUCUUGGACCAUGCCACACUCACAGAUGCAGAGCUGCAAGCGCAAGUCUCGACAUUGAUCUUUGCAGGCCACGAAACCACAGCGACACAGCUCGCAUGGAUGCUUCUGUUCCUCGCGAAAGACCCUCCACGACAACAGGCCCUGUACGAUGCCAUUGAAGCCAAGCGUCUCGCUAUGGGUUUGCAGGCGCAAGCACAAAGCGGUGCGCCUGCAGACGCCGACACGCGCAUGCUGACCGUCGAUGAGAUUGAGUCCAUUCCGUACGUCGACUGGUGUAUCCAUGAGUGCUUGCGUUUGCAAAGUGCGAUUCAUACCACUUCACGAACACCCUUGCACGACGACUGGAUUCCUCUGGCCAAUGGCCAGUACGUCAAGGUGCAUCGCGGUAUGAUCAUCCUGAUCCCCCUCACGUCGAUCUGUACCAUGGACCAUAUGUGGGGCGACGAUCCUCUGUCGUUCCGGCCUGAGCGAUGGAGGGAGCCGAUGCCAGGCCAGCGCUUGUUCCCUGGCCAUCAUGGCCUCGCCUUCCUUCUCGGCCCACGUGCUUGUAUCGGCAGCGCAUUCGCUGUGGCAGAGAUGAAGGCGUUCCUCGUAAGCCUAGUCUCCCACUUCAUCUUUGAAUGGGACGGCCGCCCUAUUGAGCCCAAGCUGUGGGUCGUCGCACGGCCCCACGACCCCGUGCGGGGCCAAGACGCAACGACGAUGAUGCUGCUUCGCAUGCUGCCGGCCGCGCGUGCUGCGCGCCGUACGUUUUCCACGUACCGUCCGCUCCUGGAGCAGGGCAAGAAGGUGCCCGCAGUAGGCCCGAACCCACUUGAUGCCCCGACGCUGGAGAUUGUCAAGGCACAGUGGAAGAAGGCCCGUCUGGCGAAGGAUUCAGACAAGGCCACGUUGCUAGGUGGUAUUCUCACGGACUUGCAGUACGCGGAAAAGACCAAGAUGCAGCCGAAUCAGAAGCCGCCGUCCAUUAUCAAGAUGAUUCAAAAGGGAAUUAAAAAGCGCACCGACGCCGCCAAAGUCUACCGCAACGCCAAGCCAGCGCCGCGCAUGGACUUGGCAGAGAAGGAAGAGCGGGAGAUUGCUAUCUUGCAAGAGUUGCUGCCGAAGCCAUAG